AUGAAGUCUGCUGCCUUUCUCUAUGCUUGUGGCCUUCUGGCUACAGCUGUGAUAGCUGAGUUCGACGGCAACUUGAACUACGCCAGUCCAUCUCGUCGUCAUGCUCGUCUUGGAAUCGAUGUUCCGUUGGUCAAGCGUCGAUCUCUGAAGCGUGGUAACACUCCUUAUGAUCCUUCUCAGCUCAACUUCACCCAUGGAGUAGCCUCGGGAGAUCCUUGGCCGCAGAGCGUUAUCCUCUGGACUCGUGUUGCACCCUCCACUAAAUCUGAUGACAGUGAGAAUGUUGUGAACGGCACCGCGGGACAUUACAGCCAUGAGACUGAGAAGUACAUCAAGGCUGAUCCUCAUCCCAUCUGUGUGGAGUGGAAGGUUUAUGAGUCCAAGUCUGCUUCUGGAAAUGGGAAGACGGCCGCAAGUGGACGAGCCUAUACUACCUCUGAUAUCGACUACACUGUCAAGGUCGAAGCUGAUGGCUUGAAGCCCCUUACCACUUACUACUACCAGUUUAAAGUUUGUGACUCUAAUGUCAAGAGUCCUGUUGGACGCACCAAGACUGCUCCUACCGCCAACGAUGACGUCUCUAAUCUGAGCUUCGCUGUGUUCUCCUGCAGCAACUAUCCUAACGGCUACUUCAACGCUUAUGGCAACGCUGCCAGAAAGGACGAGCACGACUAUGUUAUCCAUCUUGGAGAUUACAUCUAUGAGUAUGGAGCAAACGGCAGCCGGGCCAGCCAGCCCUCUACCGAGAUCUUUACACUUCACGACUACCGAACUCGCCAUGGACAGGCUAAUCUCGAUCUGCAGCUUCUGUCUCAGAACUUUGCUUGGAUCCCUACUUGGGAUGAUCACGAGUUCGCCAACAACGGCUACAGAGAUGGAUUCUCUGGUCUUAACAAUACUGAAGAAUCCUUCUUAAAGGAGGGCCGCAAGGUCACCGUUGACACUCGAAAAGUUAACGCAGUCCGAGCUUAUUUCGAGUGGAUGCCCAUCCGACAAACUGAUCUCGACGAUGGUCUGCGAGUCUGGCGUUCUUUCCAAAUGGGCAAGCUCCUGGAUCUCAUCAUCCUCGACACCCGAAACUAUGACCGCAGCAUCACCAGCCUCGACUGGAACGACAACUACAUCGACAUGAUCCGAGAUGAUCCCAGCCGCACUCUCAUGGGAGGUCGACAGGAGAACUGGUUCUAUCGAUCUCUUAGUAAGUCUAAGGACCGAGGUGCCGCUUGGCGAAUCGUUGGCAACCAGAUCAUCUUCUCGCGUAUCACCGAGGAUUGGGGUAACGGCGAGGUUCUGCCUGGUGACAACUGGAGUGGUUAUGUCGCCAACCGAAACAGAACUCUUGAGCAUUUGUACGAUAACGAUAUCGGAAACAACAUCUUCCUUGCUGGAGAUAGCCACCAGAACUGGGUCUCGGAUCUCGUCUGGCUUGGAACCAAGGAAUAUGACAACAAGACUGGCGCUGGAAGCAUUGGUGUCGAGUUCGCUGGAACAGCUGUCAGCUCUAAUGGAGUCGGUGGCCCUAUCGAGCCUGCAGCCGGUAAGGCUGCUCGUGCCAGAGUCCAGAAGAACCCUGAGCUUCAGUGGCAAGAGGGUUAUUACCGAGGAUACUUCAUCCUGGAUGUGAACGCUAAGCAGGUCUCGUCCCGAUUCUAUGGCUCUCCUUCUGUUGCCUCUCGCAACUCCUGGGAUAUUCCUCUGGCUAACUUCACCGUCGUUUCUGGCGACAACCACUUGAAGCGUCCUGUUGCUGGUGGUCGUGCAGAGUCCGGUGCUCUUCGGUACGGAGAGGUCAAGCACACAAAUCUCACUCUCAACACUGAGACUGGCGAGUGGAAGAACGUUGGCUUUGACACCAUGUACGUCAAGCAUGAUUAA